CACGCCAAAAGCCUGCUCUCUCCUUUCUCCUAAUCCUUCCCCUCUCUCCCCCAACAUUCUCAUCUCUCUCCCUCUCUCUCUCUCUCUCUCACUGCUAAUACAUGCAUGUCCUCUUUAUUGACACACAGCUUUCUCAAUAAAUGUAGCACCCUCAUACUUCUACUUCUCCAACACUAGUAACUCCUUUUUGUAUUUUCUUGUUUUAUUAUUAUCUACUCACCCCCUUCUGCAAUAAACAACUCAUACAUGGCAACCAACUACUAGCACCACCUUCUUCUUUCUUCUUGUUUCUCUCACAAAGUUUAAAUCUUUGUAUCCUUCCCAACAAGAUAGAGAUGAAAAUGCAGCACUUUUUUAUUAAUAUGGCCUUCAUUGUUCCAAUGAUUUUUGUUUUACUCGCAGCUCCAGCUUCUACUACUCUUACUGAUCAAGGAAAAGCCCUGUUGUCGAUAAAGUCAUCUUUUAAAAAUGUAGCAAAUAUAUUGAUGGAUUGGGAUGAUGAUGUUAACAAUGCCGAUUAUUGUUCUUGGAAAGGAGUUUUCUGUGCUGAUAAUCUCAGCACUUCUGUUGUUUCUCUGAACUUGUCAAAUUUGAACUUGGGUGGUGAAAUUUCCACAGCCAUUGGAGAUUUGAGGGAUUUGCAAUCCAUAGACUUGCAGGGGAAUAAGUUGACUGGUCAAAUUCCAGAUGAAGUAGGCAACUGUGUCUCUCUUGUGUAUUUGGAUUUGUCUGAUAAUUUGCUGUAUGGUGACAUACCCUUCUCGAUAUCUAAACUCAGACAGCUUGAGUUAUUAAACUUGAAGAACAACCAGUUAACAGGUCCUAUACCAUCAACAUUGACACAGAUUCCUAACCUCAAAACUCUCGAUCUUGCUCAGAACCAGCUCUCUGGUGAAAUACCAAGUUUAAUCUAUUGGAAUGAAGUACUCCAGUAUCUAGGUUUGCGUGGAAAUUCUCUGACUGGAUCACUUUCCCCUGAUAUGUGCCAGUUGACCGGCUUAUGGUAUUUCGAUGUACGCCACAACUAUCUGACAGGGCCUAUUCCAAACAGCAUUGGUAAUUGCACGAGUUUUGAGAUAUUGGAUAUCUCAUACAAUGAAAUUACUGGAGAGAUUCCAUACAAUAUUGGAUUUUUACAAGUGGCUACCUUGUCUCUUCAAGGCAAUAAAUUAACAGGAAAUAUCCCAGAAGUGAUAGGUUUAAUGCAAGCCCUAGCUGUUCUAGAUUUAAGUGAUAAUGAGCUAGUUGGAUCAAUCCCCCCAAUUCUUGGCAAUUUAUCUUACACUGGGAAACUUUACCUUCAUGGAAAUAAACUUACGGGACCGAUUCCGCCAGAGCUCGGGAAUAUGUCCAGGCUAAGCUACUUGCAAUUAAAUGACAAUCAGCUUGUCGGUGGAAUCCCUGCUGAACUUGGGAAACUAGAGCAGCUUUUUGAACUAAAUCUUGCUAAAAACAAUCUGGAAGGGCCAAUCCCUCAAAACAUCAGUAGCUGUACUUCCUUGAAUCAGCUGAACGUUCACGGUAACCGCUUGAAUGGAUCUAUUCCUCUGAGUUUCCGCAAUCUUGAGAGCCUUACCUACUUGAAUCUUUCUUCAAAUGAAUUUAGAGGCGGCAUACCUGUUGAGCUCGGGAGAAUCAUCAAUCUUGAUACAUUGGAUCUUUCAAACAAUAAUUUCUCUGGGCAUGCCCCUGCUUCUAUUGGAGAUCUUGAGCACCUUCUUACACUUAAUUUGAGUUUCAAUCAUCUUGAUGGACCAUUACCUGCGGAAUUCGGGAAUCUCAGAAGUAUAGUAGUGAUUGACAUGUCAUUUAACAAUAUAUCUGGUGGGAUACCUGGAGAAUUGGGCCAGUUGCAAAAUGUAGCAUCUCUUAUUUUGAACAACAACAAAAUGGAUGGAAAAGUGCCGGAUCAAUUAACCAAAUGUUUCAGUCUUGCAACUAUGAAUAUUUCGUACAACAAUUUCUCUGGGGUUCUACCUAUUGAGAGAAACUUUUCUCGAUUUUCACCAGACAGCUAUAUUGGCAAUCCAUUUUUAUGUGGCAAUUGGUUAGGUUCAAUUUGUGACCCGUAUGCAAGAAAAUCCAAAGUCUUGUUCUCAAGAACCGCAGUUGUUUGCAUAGCAUUGGGCUCAGUCACAUUGUUAUCCAUGGUUAUUGUUGCAUUAUACAAAUCUAACCAACCAAAACAGUUUAUGAAGCAAUCUCACAAAAGUGUUCGAGGUCCACCUAAACUUGUCCCACUCCACAAGGAUAUGGCAAUACACACAUAUGAAGAUAUAAUGAGAAUCACCGAGAACUUAAGCGAGAAAUACAUUAUAGGAUACGGAGCUUCAAGUAACGUGUACAAGUGUGUUUUGAAGAAUACCCGACCAAUGGCAAUUAAACGUGUUUACACACAUUAUACACACAACUUGCAAGAGUUUGAAACAGAGCUCGGAACAAUUGGAAGCAUCAAGCAUCGGAAUCUUGUCAGCCUUCAUGGAUACUCGCUCUCCCCCCAUGGGAACCUGCUAUUCUAUGACUAUAUGGAAAAUGGUUCCCUCUGGGAUCUUCUUCAUGGACCUUUAAAGAAGGUCAAACUUGACUGGGAAACAAGGCUAAAAAUCGCUGUCGGAGCUGCUCAAGGGCUUGCCUAUCUUCAUCAUGAUUGUGACCCUAGGGUUGUGCACAGGGAUGUGAAAUCCUCCAACAUUCUGCUGGAUGAGAAUUUUGAGGCUCAUCUCUCUGACUUUGGGACUGCAAGAUGCAUCCCAACUGCUAAAGCUCAUGCAUCAACCUAUGUUUUAGGCACUAUUGGCUACAUUGACCCCGAGUAUGCCCGGACUUCAAGGCUAACUGAGAAAUCGGAUGUGUAUAGUUUUGGUAUUGUUCUUCUGGAGCUACUGACAGGAAAGAAGGCUGUAGACAAUGAGGCUAACUUGCAUCAGCUGAUAUUGUCGAAAGCAGAUAAUGAUACAGUAAUGGAUGCUGUGGAUCCUGAAGUUACUCUUACAUGCACUGAUAUUUCACAUGUUAAAAAGACCUUCCAACUUGCCCUACUGUGCACUAAACAGCACCCUUCCGAGCGACCCACAAUGCACGAUGUUACCAGGAUUCUACUCUCUCUGCUUCCAUCUCCGGUUCCCAAAAUUUGUCCUCCCUACAAAGCUUUCGACUAUGCCCAAUUUGUGAUGGGUCAAGAGCAGUCUCAACUUCCCACAGAGCAGCAGCAUGUUCAGCCCGACCACAAUUCCUCCGAUGCCCAGUGGUUUCUCAAGUUUCAAGAACUAGCAUCAAAGCAUACCUCGUAGACUUGUUGGUCAGUAAUUUUAAGCAGCAGCAGACAUUAUGGAAGUGGGUGGGAUGCAACAAUACACUAGAUCCCAAGUUUUGAUCCCUCGUAUUUACUUUUGAGAUAUAUGAAGCUAGACGAUUUCUUACACCAGAUAUUGCAACUGUAAACCAGCUGAUGUAUUGUAUAUUUUAUCUAGCUAUGUAGUUUGCCAUGACCAUCGUAUGUAAAUUCACUUAUUUAAAGGAACUUUAUGGUAUUUAUAAGUAGGAAUUGCCGUUGUGUUUCUUUGAA